AUGGCUGCUAACGGAACAACUUCGCCGGCGAAGGCGAUCGAGGAGGCGAAGAUAGAUAUCCUUUCGCAGGCGCAGGAGGAUGACAACGUGAAAUGGAGGCGGCAGGUCUCGCGGAGCUUCAUCUCCGACACUAUCACAGCGCCGACUCCAGAGAUGUACGUCUACGCCGUCCGGGCAUCUCUGGGAGAUGAUGUCUACGACGAGCCAUGCACCAAGCUUCUUGAGGCGCAUAUGGCCAAGUUGACUGGCAAGGAGGCUGCCCUGUUCGUGCCCACCGGGACGAUGUCAAACCAGCUCGCUCUCCGGACACACUUGAAGCAGCCGCCAUACUCGGUGCUCUGUGACCACCGCGCACAUAUUGCAAGAUAUGAAGCUGGCGGUACCGCUUUCCAUUCCGGUGCCCAGCUCGACUACGUGAUUCCUUCCAACGGGCACCACGUAACCCUCGAUGAUAUCAAGGAACAUGUGGUCCUUGGCAGCGAUAUCCACAGCUGCCCCACAGCUAUCAUAGAGCUCGAGAAUACGCUCAACGGCACGAUACUCCCGCAACAAGACAUCAUCGAGAUUUCCGAGUUCGCUCAUGCCAACGACAUCAAAAUGCACCUCGACGGGGCACGGAUCUGGCAUGUCGCGGCUGAGACCGGGACACCGCUCUCAGAGCUGUGCGCUCCUUUCGACUCCGUGAGCCUGUGCUUCAGCAAGGGUCUCGGGGCACCUAUCGGCUCAUGCCUGGUUGGCACGAAGGAGUUCAUCACCCGCGCGAGGUGGUUCCGCAAGCUCUUCGGUGGAGGCAUGAGGCAGACCGGCUUCAUGUCAGCUUCUGCCGCCUACGCUCUCACGCACCACUUCCCCCUCCUGCCCCGUGUGCAUACGCUCACCCGUAAGCUUGAGAAGGGUCUGGAGGAUAUGGGCGUGAGGAUCACUAGCCGUGCGGAGACUUGCAUGGUCUUCUUCGACCCCUCUCCUAUCGGUGUCUCGUACGCCGAGCUCGUCGACCGCGCAAGCAAGCUCCCCGAGCCGAUCAAGCUCGGGGGAUCGCGUCUGGUCGUUCACAUCCAAACAGCCGAGGAUACCGUUGAAGACUUCCUCGCUCUCAUGCGCCAGCUUGCGCAGGAAAAGAAGGACGCCGGCUUCGUCUACUCAGAGGAGCAGCACAAAGCCAAGGGCGUCGGCAAGGACAGCAUUUACGUGAAGGUCAAGCCGUCGGACGUUAAAAAGUAG